AUGAAUAGUUUGGAAAUCUACAGGAUUACCUUAGGUACCACUGUGAUCGAGACAUUUGCAACACUAGUUAAAGCUUAUUAUCUAUUUCAAAUCUGUGAGGAUAGCUGCGAAUCGCUUUCACCACACCAGAAAAACUUGAUGAUUUCAGGUCAUCUGCAUGAGAUUGAUAAUUUCAAGAAGCAGAUCGAUAGCUAUGAAGUGCAGAUAACCACAAUGCGUCGCCAAAAUGAUGAACUCGAUACGCAGAUGAAAACAAAUCUGGCAAGGAUCAGUGGCAUGGAAACAACUCUGGCUGCAGCACAACGAGAAAUUGAAAAGAUCACUGAACUGAACAAUCGUUUACAGAUGGACAAAAAUGAACUUGGCGGGUGA